AAACAUUUAAAAUGUGUUGUUUUCAUCUUAACAAUGAUAACAUUAGGCUUGAUUUUCUUCCAAUCCUCCUGGACUAUUCUCGACAUAAUGUUCACAACAGGAAAUUAUACCUGUCAGUCAAGUUCAAAUCUGGGUGAAGAAGAUAAAAAACCUUUGAAAUAUAUUCUUUUCUAUUCUAAGUUUUAUCGGUUUGUUGAUUGGUUUGAAUUUGGAUAUGGACAAGAACCAUUUAUUAAAAAUGAUUGCUGCGUGAACAAUUGUUUUGUAACCAAUAACAGGUCUUUGUUGGCCAAUAUAAGCAAUUUUGACAGUAUCAUAUUUAACACAAGAAGUAUAGAGGAGUUUAAGUUUCCUGAAAGCAGAAGUUCAAAACAGUUUUAUGUUUAUUUCUCUUGGGAGAGUCCUUUUCUUGAUGGAAUAGAUGGAUUUGAAUCCAGGUUUAAUUACUUAUUCAAUUUGACGAUGACCUACCGAAGAGAUUCUGAUAUCUAUACACCGUUUGGGAAGACUGAAAAGUUAACUGAACAAGUCAAAUGGGAACCUUUAAAAAAUGAUACAAGAAAACUAGCUGCUUGGAUUGUUUCCCAUUGUAAAACGGACUCUGGAAGGGAAAAAUAUGUUGAGGAAAUGAAAAAAUGGAUGCCUGUGGAUCAAUUUGGAGACUGUAACGAGGAAGUGUGUGCUGAUGAUGAGAAAUGUUAUGAUUCUAUGGAGAAAAAAUACAAGUUUUAUCUCUCUUUUGAGAACUCUCUCUGCCAAGAUUACAUCACUGAAAAAUUUUGGAAUUUCUUAGGGCAGAACAUUGUGCCAAUUGUUUUAGGUACAGGACCUUAUAAAGAAAUUGCCCCUCCAAAUUCAUAUAUAGAUGUAAAGGUAAAAUGAUAUCGGGAAUUUUAAAAAG